CGUCUCUCUCCCGUCCCCCUUGCAGGAAUCGGCCGUGGCUUGAGCACGGGCUUCUGCCGCCUCUGCCACGGAAAAUUUUCCGCCAGGAGCUUGCGGACGGCGUUCGGGAAGGUCCCCGUGGCGGGCGAGAGCGUCGAGAAGCCGCGGCGCCUGGAGCAGGGCUUCUUUGUGGAUUUCCAGCGCCUGGUGGGGGUGGCCGCCCGGCAGGACCCCUCCCUCCCCCAGUUCGUCUGCAAGAAGUGCCACGCCCAGUUCUACAAGUGCCAGAGCAUCCUCAAGGCCUUCAUCCAGAAGGUGAACCUCUUGCCCACGGGCCACCUCAAGCCACGAGGAAAGGAUAGCGUUGUCCAGCCUUCCCCGCCUGCUGCUGAAGAAAAUGCUUCCUCUUUAGCAGACCUGAUCACAUCCAGCCCUCAGUGCCUCCACAAGCUGGUGAUGUGGGCACACAGCCACGCCCAGAGCUGCCAGGUGGCCCCAAGGCUCCAGAGCAUUCUUUCCUCCGAAUACCGUGGGAUCAUCCAGGCCGCGUGGGGCUGCGGAGAGGGCCACGAUUACGUCAUGAGCACGGACUCAGACUGCAGCGCCCUGCUGGUAGACAACGCCUUCUCUGCCAAAUGGGAAUUGAUCAAGGGUGCCUCUGAGCGUGUGACCGGAAACGGGGUCGAUGCCCGCAGUGCUGGGACUGUGCCGGAGCCCCAGAGUAGCCCAGCCAGGACAGCCACCAGCCAGCCACCCACAGACAGAGGGGCCGGUGCUUUGCCAGCUUCGAGCGCAGAAGACUGGGUGCCCGAGGGUCACCACCUGCCUGCCUCAGAAGAGGCCGCCGGAGUUCCUUCGCAGGCGGAAAGCCCGCCACAGCCAGCUUGCCCUCUCAACGGGAGCCCAGGAGCGCCAAGCGAGAAGCCAGUUCUCCCUGAAGCAUUGGAUGAGCGGGUAAAAGACGAGUUCAGUGACCUUUCUGAGGGAGACUCCUUAAGCGAGGGCGAGGAUGAGAAUGGCAAGAGACCACCGUCAUCUGACGAUUUCUUCCAGCUUUAUCCAGAAAAGAGGGUGUCCAAUCAUGGAAAAGCUGAAAGCCAGGCAGGCAAGUUGGAAGAGCCCAAAGUCAGGAAGAAGCCCGGGCCCAAACCUGGAUGGAAGAAGAAGAUCAAGUUUGAAAGGGAAGAGCUCCCGACCAUAUACAAGUGUCCUUAUCAGGGCUGCACAGCUGUCUACCGAGGGGCCGAUGGCAUGAAGAAGCACAUCAAGGAGCAUCACGAGGAGGUUCGGGAAAGGCCUUGCCCCCACCCGGGCUGCAACAAGGUCUUCAUGAUCGACCGGUACCUUCAGCGGCACGUGAAGCUCAUCCAUACAGAGGUGCGGAACUACAUCUGUGACGAAUGCGGCCACACCUUCAAGCAGCGCAAGCACCUCUCCGUGCACCAGAUGCGCCACUCGGGAGCCAAACCUCUCCAGUGCGAAAUCUGCGGCUUCCAGUGCAGGCAGCGGGCGUCUCUCAAAUACCACAUGACCAAACACAAAGCCGAGGCGGAGCUCGAAUUUGCCUGCGACCAGUGCGGGAAGCGCUUCGAGAAGGCCCACAACCUCAACGUCCACAUGUCCAUGGUGCAUCCCUUAACGCAAGCUCAGGACAAACCCAAGGCAGCCGAGGCCGAGCGCGGGGUCGUGUCGCCGGAUGCAGAGGCUCCUGCUCCCACCGCUCCGUCGGGGACUGCCGAAAGCCGGCCCGUGAAAGUGGAACUCGGUGCACAACAACACGAGCCCACCUGAAAAACGGUGGGAGGGGAGCCAGGUGGGAAGCCAACCCCAAGCGGGAGUUUUAAAUGUAUGUUUUUAAAAUGGGUUCUUCGGAGGAAGCCACUUCUGCCGGCUCAUGGAAAGCUUUCCUUGGCUAGGGCAACGCUCUGUCUCUCUCUCUCUCUGCUCCCGCCCGACGCCAUAGUCGCAGCUGCAGGAGGAGCAUCUCGGAAGAGCAACCUCUCUCUUGCCAAAGAGAACAGGUUGCCCGGCUUCCCUUCAGAGGGUGCAAGGAUGAAGGUCGUAAAGGUACCACACCUGUUGUAAAGGUGUGCACGAUGUCCGCAGACAAGAGGUCAGCUGGCCUUCGAGAUAACACAGCUCCCUCGUUUAAACCCAGAUGAUGUAUUUUAAAUUAAAUCUGAAAGCUGAUCUUAACAAAAAAGAAAAAAAGAAAGAGAACCACUGCAUUUGUAACCUAAUUUUUAUUGUUACAAAGUCAUGAUUAUGCUUGUAAUAAAUUAUUUACACAGUA